CGCAAUCCCACAUAAGACGCGCCGUCCGCCAGACGUUCUCGACACGCCGCCUCGUCUCGACCUUCCACCCACUUGCCAUGCCUGCCAACCCCACACCUUGGGUGCCCAACCGGUACCCUCCUGCACGUCGCUCCGACCACGUCGACGUGUACAAGAGCGAGAAGCACAGAGAAGUUCGCGUGCACGACCCCUACCACUGGCUCGAGCAGAACACCGACGAGACUGAGCAAUGGACCACCGCGCAAGAAAAGUUCACGCGCGAAUACCUGGACCAAAAUCCCGAGAGGAAAGACCUAGAGGACCAGAUCCGGAACAACAUGGACUAUGCCAAGUUCUCUGCGCCGUCGCUCAAAAAUGACGGGCGUUGGUACUGGUACCAUAACACCGGCCUCCAGGCCCAGUCCGUCCUCUAUCGGUCCAAGGACAGCACCCUUCCAGACUUUUCCGGCCUCAAGGACGCUGGGGGGGAAGUCUUCUUCGACCCGAACCUCCUUUCCUCUGACGGCACCUCGUCUAUCCAAGUCAGCGCCUUCUCGCACUCUGGAUCCCACUAUGCAUACGGUGUCUCCCGCUCAGGUAGUGACUUCUGCACAAUCUAUGUCCGACCCACAUCUGCACCCCUCGCUCCUGUUGACGGAAAGCGAGUGUCUCCUGAUGAGGGGCGGCUUCCCGAGGAGAUCCGCUUCGUGAAAUUCUCCUCAAUCUCGUGGACGCACGAUUCGCAGGGAUUCUUCUACCAGCGUUAUCCUGGCCGGGAGUCCCAUGGCCCAGCCUAUGAAGACAAGGCAGAGACUGAUAGCGACAAGAAUGCCAUGCUGUACUAUCACAGAUUGGGCACGCAGCAGUCUGAGGAUGUAUUGGUCUACAAGGAUGCGUCGAACCCUGAGUGGAUGUGGGGUUCUGAGGUAACCGAAGUUGACGGCCGCUAUCUCCUCCUGUCUAUCCGCCGAGACACGUCGCGAAAAAACCUGUUAUGGAUAGCGGACCUCCAGAAGGAUAGCAUCGGUGCGAACCUGGUGUGGGACAAGCUCAUCGAUGAGUUUGAGGCGAACUACGAAUACAUCGCGAAUGACGGCACAAAGUUUUACCUGCUGACAAAUAAAGACGCGCCCCAGUACAAGGUCGUUACGGUCGACCUCGCCGAUGCGCCGGGGAAGCGUGUGUUCAAGGAUCUCAUCGCGCACGACGAGAACGCGCAUUUACAGGACGUACGCCCAGUCAACGGCGACUUCGCGGCGGUCGUGUACAAGCGGAAUGUCAAAGACGAGAUUUACCUCUACCAGCUCUCCACCGGCAAGCAGCUCCAGCGUGUCGCUCCGGAGUUCGUCGGAGCCGCGUCCAUCAGUGGUCGCCGCGAGCACUCCUGGUUCUUUGCCACCCUCGGCGGCUUCACCAACCCAGGUAUUGUCGCCAAGUACGACUUCAACGUCAAGGAGGAAGACAAGCGAUGGAGUAUCUAUCGAACUACCCUUGUCAGUGGCUUAAACCCUGAGGACUUCUCUGUCGAGCAGGUUUGGUACAGCAGCAAGGACGGUACCCGCGUGCCCAUGUUCAUCGUACGGCACAAGGACACCAAAUUCGACGGCACGGCUCCCGCCUUGCAGUAUGGGUACGGAGGCUUCACCAUCUCGAUCGACCCCUUUUUCAGUCCGGCCAUCCUGACAUGGAUGCAAAAGUAUGGCGCCAUUCUCGCUGUCGCGAACAUCCGCGGAGGCGGAGAAUUCGGCGAGGAAUGGCAUCUGGCUGGGACGCGGGAGCGCAAGGUCAAUUGCUUCGACGACUUCAUCGCGGCAACGCAAUACCUUGUCGACAACAAGUACGCGGCGCCCGGUAAGGUCGCCAUUAAUGGAGGCUCGAAUGGAGGUCUUCUCGUCGCCGCGUGUGUCAAUCGCGCGCCAGAGGGCCUUCUGGGAGCAGCAGUUGCCGAUGUGGGCGUACUCGACCUCCUGAAGUUCGCGGACUUCACAAUUGGCCGCGCCUGGACAUCUGACUAUGGCGAUCCGCACAACCCGCACGACUUUGAUUUCAUCUACCCCAUUUCGCCCUUGCACAACAUCCCGACGGACAAGAUUCUGCCACCAACCAUGCUUGUCACCGCGGACCAUGACGAUCGCGUUGUGCCGCUGCACUCGUUCAAGCACGCCGCGACGCUGCAAUACCUCAAGGCGGAUAACCCACAUCCUCUCUUGAUCCGCAUCGACAAGAAGGCCGGACAUGGCGCGGGCAAGUCGACGCAGCAAAGGAUCCAAGAGUGGGCGGACAAGUACGGGUUCAUCGCACAAUCCCUGGGACUCCCAGCGCGAGGUGGUUAAAUGCUUGCUCUCUUUGCACUCUUAACGGACUUCUGGGGUACUGAUUGUCGUCAUGUUUCGGCUCAUGCGAUAGAGAUCGCCUCGCGCGCGUCAUCGAAUAGCUUGCUGUGAUAUAGCCUUUGCAAUGUUACUAUACCCGCAACCUUCUUGGCACCCACCGAGAUUUUGUGUUUGCAAGCUCGAUGUGGACGAGUCACUGACGCCUUGUGUGUAGUCGCGAGUCUCGUGAGCAAAGAGGUGCACCAUGGGAUGGAUCCUUGAAUUGUGCAGCGACAUGCGAAUUGUCUCCGUUGAUUCAUUGAUGGCGCUACGACUUACCAUGCGCCUAAAAC